AUGAGGGCUGUGGCAGUCACCCUCUGGGCCGUGGCUGCGUUAAUGGAAGUCCAUCAGAGCACCCCCUCCUCCUCAGAAAUCCAUACCAUUAUUGUCAACCUCUCCUCCAAAAACAUAUCCUCUGUUCCCAGAAACCUACCUCCAUGCACCGAAGCCCUGGACCUCUCCCAGAACAACAUACACAAACUUGGCCAUGAGGAUUUCCAAGUCACAACUCACCUGAGAUUCCUCAACUUGUCUUGGAAUGUCUUGGAGGAUAUCGAUCCGGAGACGUUUCAUCCCACUCCGCUCCUGGAGAGUCUGGACCUCUCACACAACCAGCUCCAGAACUUAUCUGAUCAACGGUACUUGCUGUUAGCGCUAAACCUCAGAGACCUAGAUCUGACCUUUAACAUGUUCCACACCAUGACCCUGGGGGUGGAGUUUCACAGCCUGACGAAGCUGGAGAGACUGGGGCUCGGAGCAAAAAUCAUCAGGGUGGAGGAUUUCAUCAACAUCCCUGACGUACACCUGCAAACUUUGACCCUUCGUCUGGAGAAUCUCACAGCCUAUGAGAGCGGCAGCCUGAGUGACGUCCAGGCGGAGAAGGUCAGCAUCGGCCUGACGAACAAACCCACCGAUCGAAAUCUGAUCGCAGACGCCCUGUUGAUGUUCAACGAGGUUGAGCUGAUGGGUAUGAACAUCAGUGGCUACCCCAGUUACCUGGUGGAACUUGUGAAGGAGAGAAGGGCAGUCAACACCACACAUCUUUACCUGACAAAUAUGGCCAUCACCUGGAAGCACCUGACAAACACCAUAAACGCUGUGUUCGAAUCCCCCAUCAUCCACCUGAGCACUUCAGACGUGGCCAUCCACAUUCCACCUUUGAGUGACACCCCAGGAAGAAACACGUCCCACACUAAAUCCUUCUCUGCCAGGCGAGCGGAGGUGGUUAGCUUUUUCUUCUCCCUGGAAGUCCUCUGUAACUUCUUCAUAAACAUGCCGGUGGAGCGCCUGGCGAUGACUGAGACAUCCAUCAUACACAUGACCUGCCCCAAGUCGCCCAGCGGGAUACUGCAGCUAGACUUCUCAGAUUGUGCCUUGACUGAUACGGUCUUCUCCAGAGUAGAACAGCAAAUCAUUGUAGAGUGUACAACCCUGAAUAAAGUAAACACCCUGGUUCUGAGAGGGAACAACCUCAGGUGCCUUCAAACCCUGAGCAAGAGGGUCCAGAACAUGAUCUCUCUGCGUCACCUGGACCUCAGCCUCAACUCGUUGGUUUACAGCGGCCAGGAAUGCCACUGGCCACCGAACAUUAUCCACCUGAACCUAUCUUCCAAUGGGCUGAGUGAGUCGGUAUUUAGCUGCCUGCCGAAUGGCACCGUCAGCCUGGACCUCCAGAACAACCAGAUCUUCACUGUACCAGAGACCCUGCUGGCCCUGGACUCCCUCCUGGCCCUGGACCUGAGUGCCAACCGGCUGAGGGACCUCCCGGUGUGCGCUGGAUUCCCACACCUUAAGUAUCUCCUUCUCAGGGAAAACUCCCUCCAUGCCCCAUCUGUGAGCGUUUUGGAGACUUGCCCUGUUCUACAGGCUCUAGAUGCUAGCCGAAACCCCUUCACCUGUACGUGUGGCCUGAGGGGCUUCAGGGAUCUGGGUGCUGGGACUGGCCUGGGCAGCGGACACCCUGCAAUCCAACUUCUCCACUGGCCAGGAGCCUAUCGCUGCAGCUAUCCCGAAGCCUGGAGGAACUCCACACUGGAGGGCUUCCAGAUCCCUGAGAUCUCUUGCAAUGUCGGCCUGCUGGCAACGGCCAUCUUGUGCCCGGCAGUGGCUGUUAUCAUUGUUAUGGUGACUCUGUGCCACCACCUGGACGUUCCGUGGUACCUGGGCAUGAUCUGGCAGUGGACCCGGGCAAAGCACCGUGCCAGGACCCAGCAGGUCCGGCCAGAGGAAAUGGAGGGGGUUGUGUUCCACGCCUUUGUGUCCUACAGCCAGCAUGAUGCAGACUGGGUCAAGGGCCAGCUCUUGCCUAAUCUGGAAGGCUCCGGCGGGGGCCUCCACAUCUGCCGCCAUGAGAGGGACUUCGUCCCGGGGAAGACGAUCGUGGAGAACAUCAUCCAAUGCGUGGAGAGGAGCCGGCGCUGUGUGUUCGUCCUCUCUCGCCACUUCGUCCGGAGCGAGUGGUGCCACUAUGAGCUGUACUUUGCCAGCCACCAGCGGUUGACCCGAGGGUCUGACAGUGUGAUCCUGGUGCUCCUGGAGCCUCUGCCUCAGUACAUGAUCCCCUCCAAGUACUAUCAGCUAAAGGCCAUGAUGGGCAGACACACCUAUCUGGAGUGGCCCCAGGACAGGGGCAAGCACAGGCUGUUCUGGGCCAAUCUCAGGGCUGCACUGCAGGCUGACCUGCCCACUGCACCUGUACGAGACGACAUGGAUGAGUGAGAGGGAGAGAGAAAAUAAGAUAAAUUGGGGAAGAAAAAUAUUUAUAUAUUUUUUUAAUGUUAUCUAGAAAUAUCAAAAAUACGCUCAGAUUUGUCAACUUUCCAACAAUCUCACAAUUAUUUAGAACCUCUUUUUUUAUAUACACUUCAUAAAAUGCUGCCUGAUGACUCAAAAGUAAUUAUUCCGCUGCUCUAUCGUUCGCUACAGUCGUUUGUGGCGACGUCAAAAUGAGGGGUGUUGUACAAAACUGAGUCAUCAGCGAUUGGAUCGUCUCUAACCAAUCUGAGUAUCAAAGCCAAUGACAAAUUUUCAAAUGCCGCUUUACACACGUGUGUUCUGGCUCUGGCCCAACCCAUUGGUUUUUGGGACCAAUCCAUUCCAGAAAUCAUUGUGGAGGUACUCAAACCAGUCUCAUUGUGGAGAAUAAAAUAAUGUCCGUGGACGUGCCAUAGCGUUUGGCCGGAGCAAAGAGGUUGGGUAGCCAGGCAACACAAAAUUAUCCAAAAAGGAAAAAUAAACAAAAAGUAUCAAGACAGCCAAUGGCAGACAGAGAGCAAAUACCACAGACACAGUAGACCAAUCCCUGUUAAGUAUCCCCAGAAACAGAAUCCUUCCCAAGUACAGAACCUUCUCAUGUUAGCAAGAACAUCCUUUGAAAGUCAUUAUCUAAUUUUAAGGCAAGUAGUACAACAAGGGGGAAAAGUACAGAAGAUUUUACGCUCAUGAGUAACGUUAGCACAACAGAUAAACCCUAGAAAGAGGGAAACAAGUAAUUUAUCUCUUUCUAAUUAUUGUUAUUUGGUCAUAGAGGGGUCAGGAGUUCAAUUGUCAGGUCUGAUGGAAGACGACGAUGGUCUUCUGGGCACACAAGCGGCACAGCGAACAGGGUUUCACUGUGGACAAUAGACCCAUGAGCCAAAUGUCAGAUGUCCAAGUGUCAAAGUUGAAGGGGUCAGAGGUCAGGGCAGGGACUGGAUGAUGAUGAUCUUCUCAUUGAUACAGAAGCGGUGGAGGACAGUAUACAGGUUCUCCGUGCAGAGUGACACCUGUCUCUCCAUGGCCAGACGGAAGUCCUCCUUCACCCCCUUAGUGAUGCCACGCGUCACUGUAUGGUGCCUACAGGGCAGAGGAACAGAGACAAAGAAACCCUUUCUAACGUUUUCUUCACAUUAAUCAUUUUAGAAAUCAGACACUGUUUAUUUUUGUCCAAACCUCUAUAGCAACAGGUGAGAAAACACAAAUGUAUCAAUGAGAAAACUGUGAGAAAACACAAAAUGUAUCAGUGAUAAAAAAUUAAAUUACACAACAUCAAGGAAACAACUUUUCCUCACAUACAGUCUUCAUAGUUUUGAAAUUGAAUGAGAGUAUCAGGUAUCUACCAAGAAGGUAAAAUUUUGACGGGAAGAUUCAACAACGUCAAAAACAAUAACACAUAGUCAAAUAUGAAUGUUCACAAAUGCAAUGACAACUAGAGAUACAUUUAAAAAAAAUCAAAAUAGACUUCAAAAACAUCAGUAACAACCACAUAAACGGAUGCAGUGGGUCAAACGCUUUCGUGAAAAUAAAACACAACAAGGACUCGAUGAAAACGGCAGACAGAAAAUUUAAAUGAGGUUUGGGGCUGAGGGAUGGAGAGAGUGUUUGGUGUAGGGGUGGUGGGCAGGGGUGCCUGUCGGUCGCCUGCACCCCAGGUAGCAGCAGGGUGUUUAACUCCCCACCCCGAGCGGGACUAGGGUUCCUGAAGACAGUAAACACCAACAUUUAUCAACUCACGCUCUGGGUUAAAAGUUAGGAUCAGCUUACCCUCUAAAGAUCUUUACCUUUAACAUUAAGAGGAAGAGCAAAAAACUGAUCAUAGAUCAGUAUCUAGAGGCAACCUCAUCCUACUCCUCAACUCCCACUGAGAGUGGGUGUAGUCAAGAAUCUCAAACAAGUUUUUUAAAUAUUGGAUAGUCGGCGCGUUGUACUGCUAACCCUUAUUCAACAUAAUGCUUCACAGCUGAGCUGCUAUUCGCUACCUGUAUGUGAACAUGACUGUGUACAAUAUAUAUAAACAUAUGCCAGUGGGAGGUGCUUACUUGAUCGUGCUUCUACACCUGCAUUGCUUGCUGUUUGGGGUUUUAGGCUGGGUUUCUGUACAGCACUUUGAGAUAUCAGCUGAUGUACGAAGGGCUAUAUAAAUAAAUUGAUUUGAUUUGAUUUGAUUAGCCUUCCCUUAUUGUGCAGUAGCUGGACACGCCCGCCUCUGUAGUGGCAGGUCUGCAAACUCCUCCAGCAUAUCAAUAUUUGCAGGAACAAACAAGUUAAAGGGAACAAACAGAGAGAGAGAGAGAGAAAGAAAGAAAAAGAAGAGAGCUAAAAUUACGCAAGAUUUUAGUUCUGGGUUAUCAAGAUUAUUUUAGAUAUACUGUAUGAGAAGGAUACUGGUGACGUAGUUGAAAAAGUUAUCAUACUGGAAGUUUCCCUGCUGACAGAUCUUAUCAAUCACUCUCAGGAACAGCGACUCUCCCUGAAAAUGAUGAAAGUGUUUUUGUUAAGAUCGGGAUGUGAUUUGAGAACCUAUAAGAGAUAAGAGUUUUUUUAAAUAACUUUGCACAGUGAGUAGUCACCGCCCUGAGUGAGGUCAGAGAGUAUCAGCCUGCCGGAACCGCCCCUUUCCUGCAAACUGUAUAAAUGAUGGGUUAAGAAAUUAACAUACCAGACCAGAAAGACGUGCAGCUGCACGUUUAAAGUGGUUUGAACUUUGAAUCUCAACACGAGGUAGAGACGAUAAACUCCCCUCCCAGACAAUCACUGGUACGGCUUGAUUAGCUGUCCUAAGUAAAGUAUAUUCGAAAGUGAAUUUACGUAGGACCAUUCUGUCACUCUGCUCAAACCAUCGUAUUAUGCUAUUCUCAUCACCCCACUGGGAAACCAUCGACACGGCUGGCUAGUUUAUCUUCAAAGAAGCAUCUUCAAGAGUGAAUGGGAGGAAAGUCAACUCUGUAGUUCUGUUCAGGACUACACAACAAGUCACCGGGUACCGGACAACUACAAAGAAGGACAACAGUAAAAGACUUCAGAGCCUUACAAGCGUGCCGCCAAAAGGCCCAACUCCCUUUCCAAGGCUGCCUUCUUCACAAGAGAGAUCCCUGGCGAACCCAGGCAUUUCACGUAAAUACAUUCAUGAUUUCUAGACAUUCAUGCAAAGUAUAUGGUUACUGUAGGUCCCUCUCUCUCCCUCUCCAUCUCUUCUUUAACAAGCAGCUAUGUUGUAGUCAUUCCGCUAGGGACCUGUUUUUAGCGUAUUAAGUCCUCAGUCAAUAACCGAUGCAAAGUGUGUAUGUUUAUCCUGUUUAGCUAGUAAUAAAUGA